UCCCCCAGUGUUAGCAGAGGUACGUCGUGCUGCUGAAUGCCCUUGGAAAUGAAGGCUUGCGUUCAGGGCUUUGGAAUUAAGAUGCAGGUAACUUUGCUGAUAGAUGGCGGAGCAGCGUCAGGACGUCACCAUGAUGGAGGAUCACGCAGCUGGCCAGGAGAAGCACAUCCCAUCAGGCUAUCCCCUUCAGAUACCAGUCGAUGAUGGAUCGGAUGAGCCUGUUUCUGAAACAUCUGACGCUAAGAGCACCCCAACUACGGAAGAUGCCACAGCACCUUUAGUGGAGGAAGGAGACCACGAGGAUCAGGGUGGUGUCGAACAGCACGGGGAGAUCCCAGAAGGAACCACAGCUGAGGAGGCGGGCGUAGGAGCCACCCCCAACCUGGAGGACCACGCUGCAGGAGAUGCUGCUCAAGGGGAGCCAAGCUCUCCAAAGCUACAGCCUGGCCAUCAGGAGCGUGUGGGAGAUGCCAUAAAAAGAGAAAGCCAGCCCACAAAGCAAGGAGCUGGAGUUCUCCAGCAGCCUCUUCUGUCUCAUGAAAUGAAGGCUACAACAGCAGCUCCCACCAGAAUAGAGGUCACCAUCCCAAUACCCCUGGAUAUGUACCAAGACUCCAGGCCGUCUGAAGACAACAAUGAGUUGUGGGAUCAUCGAGGCAGAGAAGGCAUUGGUGUGGCUCCAGCCCUGGGAACAGAGCUGGGCCGUGAUGUGCGCACUGAGGGGUUGGCAGGAGCGGGUGGUGCAGAUGACUCCCUUCUUAAAGAUGGGCCAUCUCCUUUAUAUGCCAGAGCUCCAUUAAAAGAAGAUGUCAGUGGCAGGGAAAGAGAUGAGGACCGUGAUAUUGAUGAAACUUCUGAACAGGAUUUGCUUUCCCUGGUGGGACAGCAUGUUUCACCAGGCCCUGAAAUGGGCUUGUGUCCAGCAACAGCCAAGGAAGAUCUGGGAGAAUAUGCCUUUGUAGAAAACAAGUCCAAAGAUGUCCUCAGAGACAUACCCGGAGAGGCACUUGGUGUUGAAACUGAAUCACAUAAAGCAGGAGAGGACCAAGAGGGGAGGAGACAGCCACUGAGGGGGGAAGAAGAGACAGAUGUCAUCGCUUCAGAGCCUUCUGAUGUCAUCUCCCAAAAAGAAGCGAAGCUUGGGGAGGCAGAAGAUUCUGGACCCUUGCUAGAAACAGCCAAACUCCCUGUUGAGUUAAAAGAUGACACGGAAGAGAGAGCUGCUCCUUUGGAAGAGGCUGUACCAGAUACUGGAGAACGGCGGACGCCCAAGAAGAAACCCUGUGCCCAUGGUGCAGACAAAGCCGUCAGUCGCGUCCCUCUCCUAAAAGGUCGUAUUGACAGCAAAGACAAGGAAGGGACUGAAGCUGAGGAAAAGAAACCGAAGAAAUCCUCACCUUCCACUGCCAAACCCCCAGGCGAUAGACCCUCCAUUCCCCCCAAACGACACACCUCCUCUAGCACAACCCCUUCGAAAACACCCUCCAGCCCUGCUUCCACCUCUAAACGAGUCUCUUCUGUCACAUCCCGACCUGCCAGUACAGGAACGCAAGAAACAAAAGCCAAGGGCCCAGAGAUGAGAGGUGGCACGAAGGCGGCCACGCCGCGGUCUGCAGCCGGGCAGGCUCAGAGGAACUCGACCAAUGCCACGCGCAUCCCAGCAAAGACACCCACGGCCCCCAAGACACCUCCCAGCUCCGGCAGAAAGGAGCAGAAAAAACCACCUCCUGCAGCAGCAAAGUCUGAGAAAGGUGAGCAGCCAAAGUCUGGAGACAGAAGCGGUUACAGCAGUCCCGGCUCCCCCGGGACUCCAGGCAGCCGUUCCCGCACUCCCUCUCUGCCCACCCCACCAGCCAGGGAGCCCAAGAAGGUGGCAGUGGUUCGCACACCACCGAAAUCUCCUGCAUCUGCCAAGAGCCGCAUCCAGCCGUCAGCUGCACCCAUGCCUGAUCUGAAAAACGUCAAGUCCAAAAUUGGCUCAACUGAAAACCUGAAGCACCAGCCCGGAGGGGGCAAGGUGCAGAUUAUUAAUAAGAAGCUGGACUUUAGCAGCGUUCAAUCCAAGUGUGGCUCAAAGGAUAAUAUCAAACACAUCCCAGGAGGAGGCAGUGUGCAGAUUGUUAAUAAGAAGUUGGACUUUAGCAGCGUUCAAUCCAGGUGUGGCUCAAAGGAUAAUAUCAAACACAUCCCGGGAGGAGGCAGUGUUCAAAUUGUUUACAAGCCAGUCGACCUGAGCCAUGUGACAUCCAAAUGUGGUUCCCUGGGCAACAUCCAUCACAAACCAGGCGGUGGCCAGGUGGAGGUGAAAUCUGAGAAACUGGACUUCAAAGAUAAGGUGCAAUCGAAAAUCGGGUCCUUAGAUAACAUCAGCCACGUCCCUGGAGGAGGAAAUAAAAAGAUUGAGACUCAUAAGCUGACUUUCCGUGAGAACGCCAAAGCCAAGACCGACCACGGCGCCGAAAUUGUCUACAAGUCCCCCACCAUCUCCGGAGAUGCCUCCCCACGCCGCCUUAGCAACGUCUCCUCCACCGGCAGCAUCAAUAUGGUGGACUCCCCCCAGCUGGCCACGCUAGCCGACGAAGUGUCCGCUUCGCUGGCCAAGCAGGGCUUGUGAUCGGGGCACGGCGGGCCAAGAUGAGAGAAGACAAGGAAAAAGAAAGAAAAAAAAAAAAAAAAACAAAAAUAAUAAUCUGGCCUUCUUCCUCUGUUCCUUUUACAGCUGCUUCCCCAUCCCCUAACUGGUUAAUGAUUUAACCUGCUUUUACUGUUCAUUCAGCUCUAGCUCCAGGACUUCAAAAUCAGUGACACUAUGAGGUACAAAACCUCCUCUCCCCCCGCUCCUUGGAGCGCACAGCCCGUUCCCCCCGCGCCCUCCCUCACCCCCCUCCCCUCCGGAGGGGUCCCCUGCUGUCCCAGCCCUGCCUGGGGCCACCCCCCCUGGCAGGGACCCUCCCGCCGCCCCGGGGAAGCGGGGAGGGGGAUAGAGGGGGGGUCCCUGCCAAGGGACCACCAAGGUCCGCACAGGGAGGGGACAGGACCUUCCCCUAAGGAUGGUCCCCGUGGGCAGUGGGUGCUGUUGCCAGGGGCUGCAGGGAGGUGCCCUCCCUUUCUGCGUUAAAUUUUCCUGCUGAUUUGGAAGAAACCUUUUUGUUUUUACCUCCGAAAGCCGAGAUGUGUAUGAAGAUAACUGCCAGGUGUCCCCUAAACCGGCUCUCAGCUCCGGCAGCUGGAGUGCUGCCGCGGCCGGGGUGUCCCGUUGCGGGGGGGCCCCCGCCCGGCCGUUCCCCCUCCGUGGCUGUGCUGGAACCGCUGAGUGGAUGAGUAGAGGCUUUUCCCCAUUCCUUUGGCAGCCCCUCGUGUUGUAGAGUAGAUUUGUCUGUAUAUGCUUGGACCGUGCCAGGGUGAUUGUUUUCAUAAACGAGCAUGUGUUUAAAAAAA